CAACUGGUGGGUGUCCCGGGGCGCGCGGAAGGUUGGUUUCCUGGGGGAACCUUCUGAGGGCCAGUGGUCUUCUUUUGACAGUUGUGUGGCCCUUCCGUCCAGCCGGGCUUCUGAUUCCGCCUUGCUUGUUUAUGACGAUCCCUCGGUCCCUACUAACCAGGACGUGAGAACCCUCAGCUAAUACAGAAGAAGUCACCUUGUUUACGUCAUGGAUAACAGAAAGGAAAAGAAUAAUUACAAAGAUGAUCUUCUGCUUAGGAUGGGACUAAAUGAUAAUAAAGCUGGAAUGGAAGGACUGGAUAAAGAGAAAAUCAACAAAAUUAUAAUGGAUGCCACAAAGGGGUCCAGAUUUUAUGGAAAUGAGCUCAAGAAGGAAAAGCAGGUCAAUCAACGGAUUGCCAAUAUGAUGCAACAAAAAGCUCAAAUUACCAACCAGCAACUAAGGAAAGCACAGUUAGAGGUUGACCGAUUUGCAAUGGAAUUAGAACGGAACCGGAAUUUGAACAAUACCAUAGUUCAUGUUGACAUGGAUGCUUUCUAUGCAGCUGUAGAAAUGAGAGACAAUCCGGAACUGAAGGAUAAACCCAUUGCUGUAGGAUCAAUGAGUAUGUUGGCUACUUCAAAUUACCAUGCAAGGAGGUUUGGUGUCCGUGCAGCCUUGCCAGGGUUUAUUGCUAAGAGACUCUGCCCACAACUUAUUAUAGUGCCCCCAAACUUUGACAAAUACCGAGCUGUGAGUAAGGAGGUUAAGGAGAUUCUUGCUGAAUAUGAUCCCAACUUCAUGGCCGUGAGUCUGGACGAAGCCUACUUGAACAUAACACAGCACUUAGAGGAGAGGCAAGAUUGGCCUGAGGACAAAAGAAGAUAUUUCAGCAAAACGGGAAACUCUGUAGAAAUUGACUCAGGUGAACCAGGUGAGGAAGCUGACAAGCUGAGCAAAUAUGAAGGGUCCAUCUCCCCGCUGCUGUUUGAAGACAGUCCUCCUGAUUUGCAACCCAGAGGAAAUCCUUCCCAGCUGAACUCUGAAGAACAAAGCAAUCUUCAAAUACUCCAAAAUUCGGUUGUUUUUGGAACAUCAGCUGAGGAAGUGGUAAAGGAAAUUCGCUUCAGAAUUGAACAGAAAACAACACUGACAGCCAGCGCAGGUAUUGCCCCCAAUACAAUGCUAGCAAAAGUGUGCAGUGAUAAGAAUAAGCCGAACGGACAAUACCAAAUUCUCCCCAGCAGAGAAGCAGUGAUGGACUUCAUCAGGGACCUGCCUAUUAGGAAGGUUUCUGGAAUAGGAAAAGUUACAGAGAAAAUGUUAAUGGCUCUGGGAAUUGUUACUUGCACAGAACUCUACCAGCAGAGAGCAUUGCUUUCUCUCCUUUUCUCCGAGACAUCCUGGCAUUAUUUCCUUCACAUCGCCCUGGGUCUAGGGUCAACAGACCUGGCAAGAGAUGGAGAAAGAAAAAGCAUGAGUGUUGAAAGGACGUUCAGUGAGAUAUUUAAAACAGAAGAACAGUACAGCUUAUGCCAAGAGCUGUGCACUGAGCUCGCUCGUGAUCUCCAGAAGGAAGGACUGAAGGGGAGAACUGUUACCGUUAAGCUGAAGAACGUGAAUUUUGAAGUAAAAACUCGUGCGUCUACAGUUCAGUCCACCCUUUCUACUGCAGAAGAAAUAUUUGCCGUUGCUAAGGAACUGCUAAGGACAGAAAUUAACGCGACUUCUCCACAUCCCCUGAGGCUAAGGUUGAUGGGUGUGCGGAUGUCGACUUUUUCCAACGAAGAUGACAAGAAGCACCAACAAAGGAGCAUCAUUGGUUUCUUACAAGCUGGACACCAGGCUUUGUCAUCUCCUGGGUGUGUUCUAGACAAAACCGACAAAACUGAGUUUGUAAAGCCUUUGGAAAUGUCUCAUAAGAAGAGUUUCUUUGAUAAAAAGCGAUCAGAAAGGAUCUUGAGCCAUCAAGACGCACCCAGAUGUGAAAUUGUGGAUCAGCAAGCUGUACAGACCUCACAACCAUUCCAGGCUUUAAAGAAGACGAGCGAGAGUUUGGAAACAUCAAAGAAUUCCAAUAACUGUCAGACAUUUACGUGUCCAGUUUGCUUUAGGGAACAAGAAGGCAUCAGUCUGGAAGCCUUUAACGAACAUGUAGAUGCGUGUCUGGAUGAACCGUCAGCCAGUGAACACUCUCAUUCCCAUGCCUCCUCGGCAGCUGCUGGUCAGGAGGAAGAUGCACACCGCUCUAUUCCACUAUGUGAGAAGCGGGAUUAUGAAGAUGCGGAGAUCACUUCAGCGGAUGGUGUGGAUCUGGUAGAAACUGAAGACAACUCAUCGAAAGCAGCAAGUAUCGACACUAUAGGGAGUAAUCACAGCAAAGAGGAAUGUUCUGAUAUUCCCAGCCAGUCUUGUCCUGUUUCAUUGGCGAAUGAAACUGUCAGAAUAUUAAGUAGGCAAGAGUCCAUCCAGCCCUGUACAGAUGAGGUGGUAACAGGACAAGCUCUAGUUUGUCCUGUUUGUAACCUAGAACAGAAGACUUCUGAUCUUACCCUCUUCAAUGUGCACGUGGAUAUUUGCUUAAAUAAAGGCAUUAUCCGAGAACUGAGAAACAAUGAAGUUAAUUCAGCUAACCAACCCAAAGGGAGCUCCAGAAGUACUGAUAGACUUCAGAAGGCUGCAGGAAGAACAAAAAGGCCAGGACUGAAGACAAAGAGCUCCACAUCAAGGAAAACGAAAGCCCAAGGUCCCAGACAGACCCUUGAUAUAUUUUUCAAAUGAACUUUGAGCGUUUUUAUUGAAAUUUUAGUUUUAGAAUCAAUGUAUUUGUUCCUCCUCAUUUUAAAUUUAUUAUUUAAGGAAGACAAGUGCAAUAAUACCUCCCCACAUGGUCUUUUUAAAGAAUGUAGACUAUAUUAACUUAUUUCUUUAUAUUUUCUUUAAUAACCAUAAGAAUCUCAUUCCCAGUAUAUAUCAGUUGGAAAUCAGUCUUGUUAGAGAUAACUUUAAAACAAAAGUAAAAGGGGCAGUCAGAAGAUGACAUGUUAUUUUAUAAUGAAUAUAAAACACUUAUAAGGACUCUGA